CAGAAAUGACUCCCCACAAACUGAACGUGUGCUGUGUGUGCAGACUGCUAGAGUUCCAGUCCUCCCAGUGUUAGACAUCGAUCUGGGUUUCAACAAACUGACCUGCUGUUCCCUAGAUCUGCACUUACGUCAGUUAAACACAUCGAUCUCAGGAACAACCAGCUGAGCAAUUUACCACCUGAAAUGAAGAGCUUAAAUAAACUGUGCUCCAUUAUCCUCAAUUACAACAGGUUCAAGUCUUUCCCUGAAGUCCUCUAUCAGAUGGUUUCCUUGGAGACGGUUUUGCUCGGUAACAACCAGGUGGGUGUGGUGGACCCCUGUCAUCUCAUGAGGUUGACUCAUCUGUCAACGCUGGAUCUGUCAAACAAUGACCUCCUGAACAUCCCCCCUGAACUGGGCCUGUGUACCAGCCUCAGGUGUCUCAGUCUGGAGGGAAAUCCUUUCCGCACACCCAGAGCAGCCAUCGUGGCCAAAGGAACAGAUGCAGUGUUGGAGUACCUCCGCAGCCGCAUUCCUACAUGACCCCUGACAGCUCCGCCACCAUGAUCAACAAAGAUCUUAUUUGGGUUUGAAAUUCUUUCAAUUUAAAGUCCACAGUCGGGAUGUCAUUAGACAGUCUUCUGCCUUUUGAAGUUGUUAAAACAAACAAUCAAAAUCAAUGUAGCUACAGUGAUCUGGUUUGUUUUAGAUGUUGAAUGUCUGAACGUGAUGAAUAUUUUUGGACAAACUGAUUCAGACUGAUGCCUGUGUGACUGAAAAUAACCAAUGACAAGACACUUUGGUUGAGAAUUAGAGGAGUUAAAUUUUAUAAUUGUGUAGUAUAUGGCCCAGUCCAAGCUCAGUAAGAAGUACCUUUUAGAACCUUAGUCACAAAGUGCUUGUUAAAACAACACGACUGCUAUAAAACUCUAAUGUGUUUUGACAGCUGAUUAACAGUCAGCCAACUGCAAACUGUGUGUUUGGUGUUCACUCUUAAAAUAAGAACAGUUUCUGUAUACAAUAAAACAUUCAAUUCAUAA